AUUUUGGCUAGAGUGGGGAGAAAAAAGAAGAACAGACAAAUUCAGUGUGUUAAAUUUCUGAUGUAUCACGCCGAUGCCUGACAGUUUUUGUCUAAACAUAAAAGUGAUUUCUUUGCAAUUUUUACGUUAAUAAUCAUCUAAACUAUUAGUUCACAAUGUUCCGCAAUCAGUACGACAGUGAUGUAACGGUAUGGAGUCCACAGGGGCGAUUGCACCAGGUUGAAUAUGCAAUGGAAGCUGUAAAAUUAGGUUCAGCGACUGUUGGCUUAAAAAAUAAAACACACGCGGUACUUAUUGCUCUUAAGAGAGCAUCGUCCGAACUCUCGGCCCAUCAAAAGAAAAUAAUUCCCAUUGACAAACACAUGGGAAUAACAAUUGCUGGACUAACUGCCGACGCUAGAAUGUUAAGCCGAUAUAUGAGGACGGAAUGUUUGAAUUACAAAUAUUCACACGACGAUUUAUUGCCCGUGAGUCGUUUAAUUACAGCUCUUGGAAAUAAAAUGCAAACGUGCACUCAACGUUAUGACAGAAGACCUUACGGUGUUGGUCUCCUUGUUGCCGGAUACGAUGAUCAAGGUCCACAUAUUUAUCAAACGUGUCCGUCGGCAAAUUAUUUUGAUUGUAAAGCAAUGGCUGUUGGUGCACGUUCUCAAAGUGCUCGCACAUAUUUGGAAAAGCAUCUCAACGAAUUUUUAAGCAGCGAUCGCGAUGAACUCGUGAAGCAUGGAUUGCGAGCAUUGCGCGAUACACUGCCUAAUGAAGUUGAUUUAUCCGUUAAGAAUGUUUCGAUUGCAAUUGUCGGUAAAGACACAGAAUUCACGAUUCUCGAUGAGGCGGCGACGUCGGUUUAUCUUUCUGAAAUUGAAGGCGACGAGAAUAGAGGAAGACCAACCGAGCCAGAGGUUGCGGACGAUAGUAAACCACCUCAAGAUCCACCUGCCGAUCAAGGCCCACAGGAUCCACGUGUUUCGGUCGCUAUGGAUACCGAAUAAGCGGUUUUAUAUUUUUAAAAAUUUGUCACUUUUUUCAUUUAAUAAUAAUAAUAAUAAUAAUAAUGUCUA